CAUCAGUGUGCGUCGCGACUGAGCUGAGUUGUUUCUGGUCGCCGCUUUGGGAGUGAGGUUGUGUCGCGUAGGACUCGUUUGGAAGUGCGUGGUUGAGCGAAUUAGGCCCCACCUGUCAUGUCGGAGAGCGCGGAGAGCCCUGUGGGGGCCCAUACUCCUCCUGAGUCCUCUGCUCAGGGUUCCACUGUUGCUGAGCCGCGGAUCAUCAAAGUCACAGUGAAGACCCCCAAGGAGAAGGAGGAGUUUGCUGUGUCCGAGACCAGCAACAUCCAGCAGUUCAAGGAAGAAAUUUCUAAGCGUUUCAAGUCCCACGCUGAUCAACUUGUUCUGAUAUUUGCUGGAAAAAUUUUAAAAGAUCAAGAUACUUUGAUUCAGCAUGGAAUUCACGAUGGACUCACUGUUCACCUGGUCAUCAAAACACAAAACAGAUCACAAGAUCACCCAGCUCAACAAACACAUGCUACUGGAAGUACUGCUACUGCAUCAAUAUCAAGCAGUAGUACCUCAACAUCAACUUCAACAAAUAGUAACUCUUUUGGCUUGGGUGGUCUUGGAAGUUUGGCAGGUCUGAGUAGCCUGGGCUUAAAUGCAUCAAACUUUUCAGAGCUGCAAAGUCAGAUGCAACGACAACUGAUGUCCAACCCAGAAAUGAUGGUUCAGAUAAUGGAAAAUCCAUUUGUUCAGAGUAUGCUUUCAAGUCCUGACAUGAUGAGACAGUUAAUUAUGGCUAACCCUCAAAUGCAGCAACUGAUACAGAGAAAUCCAGAAAUCAGUCACAUGCUAAAUAAUCCAGAUAUAAUGAGACAGACACUAGAACUUGCUAGAAACCCUGCAAUGAUGCAGGAAAUGAUGCGAAAUCAAGACCGAGCCUUGAGCAACCUUGAAAGUAUACCAGGUGGCUACAAUGCCUUGCGACGUAUGUACACAGAUAUUCAGGAGCCAAUGUUGAAUGCAGCACAGGAACAGUUUGGAGGUAACCCAUUUGCUUCCUUAGUAAGCAAUGUAUCAUCCGGAGGGGACAGUCAGCCAUCUCGUACAGAAAAUAGAGAUCCUUUACCAAAUCCCUGGGCUCCUCAGUCCAGCUCUCAGAGUUCCACAACUGCCAGCACCAGUGGUGAGAACAGUGGCGGUAGUAACGUUGGAAACAGCACCUCUGCCAGUAUGAGACAGAGCUCAACCAUACCAAAUUUGGGACCUGGACUAGGAGUUGGUAUGUUCAACACACCAGGAAUACAGAGUUUGUUACAGCAGAUAACAGAAAAUCCACAACUUAUGCAAAAUAUGUUGUCUGCACCCUAUAUGAGAAGCAUGAUGCAGUCAUUAAGCCAGAAUCCUGAUCUUGCAGUACAGAUGAUGUUGAAUAAUCCUUUAUUUGCUGGAAAUCCUCAACUUCAGGAACAAAUGAGACAACAACUUCCUACUUACCUUCAACAAAUGCAGAGUCCUGACACAUUAUCAGCUAUGUCAAACUCUAGAGCAAUGCAAGCUUUGCUACAGAUUCAGCAGGGCUUGCAGACGCUAGCAACAGAAGCACCAGGACUUAUACCAGGAUUUAAUCCUGGUUUAGGUGGAUUUGGAAGCACUGGAGUUCCUACAGGCUCCACUGUACCUAGUUCUGUUCCCAGUGACAAUACUAGUCUAGCAUCAGGGGCCGUUGAACCUGGUCACCAGCAGUUUGUCCAGCAAAUGUUGCAGGCGCUUGCUGGUGCAAAUGUUCAGAUGUAGAUUUACUACCACUGCCUGAAGGCUAAAAAGAAGUGCUAGAUGUUUUAUCAAUAAAAGGGGUUUAGCGAAGUAGUGCUUUUAUAUUACCAAUACCUAGAAGUAUCUGAUGAAAGCUGCAUCUUUUUUCAGUAGCUUUUCAAAUGUAAUUUGAUUGAUUGGAAUCUCAAUAUAAUCUAAUUAUAAGCCUUAAACUCCCAGCAGCUUUCGUUAUACCUACUGAGCAUUAAACUAUUGUUCCUAUUUCAUCUUUCAACACAGUUACUGCUGGGUGAGUGCACCAAAUGCCAGUGUGGACAGAUAAAUGUAACAAAUUUUUUUUUGUUAUUGCCAUUAUAGAACAAUUUCCCCCUGGCAUUCAAGAAGGCCCGUAGAAUUUUGCAUCACCGAUUGUUACAGAAGAGGUAUUUCCCUCUUGCUUGGUAUCAUGCACCAAUGGUUUAUUCAUUAAAUUGUGCAAUGCUGCUUUACGUGAGAUACUGGCUUAUCUGAACUUCCAACCAUUAAUGAAAGAUUAGUUUUCAAUAAGAAUUGUACUGCAUCUGGAUAGGAUUAAGUUUUUGUUAUAAAUGAAGAUACAACUCAAUCUGAAUUUAAUAAUAUUUAUGAAAGGCAAGUAAACAGCGCUGGGUGCGCGGGGAGUCUACGCUCUACCAACACGCACGCACAACCGUCAAACUUUCUAAAUAUAUAGAACAUUGCUUUUACAUAUUCAUAAGAAACCCGAGUACGCCUAUACAUAGGUACAAUCAGAAAAGGUAUCAAUUGAAACAUAAACAUGGCAAAGUUUUCCGAAUUCUGGCAAGUGUUUAACAAACAAUCCUUUAAGUCUAUUACUAUUAAUGUCCAUGACUGGGGGAACAUAGUUGGAGUUGGUAAUCCCGGUUGAAGUGCUCCCAUAUCUUCCAUGACUUCAUUAAUUUUUCUCAGAUCAUGUAACAGUCUCCAUUUUCCAUUCCUUUUCUUGAUUACAAACACCGGAGAGUUCCAGGGCUAGUCGUGGGAA